AUGUUGUUGCCUAGACGUCUACUCCGAGUGCUGGGGUACGGCAUCUUCUUCUUGGUGCUCACGGCGACGCUUUUGCUAUUUGCCAACAAGCAUCAAAUCAUAGAAUUAAAUCAAUAUGUCCCCUUUGACUAUUUCUCGAGCGCGGCACCGUCGUUCUUCCAACCGCCGUCCAAUCUGUUCAUUGUCGACAUAGCCAUCAAGGACUGCUACGCUUACAACUAUGGCAAUUCCAAUUGUGGGAAACCGGAGGCGGACUAUGGCAAGUUUGGCGACUUGACUUCCUAUGGGGGCGGAUGGGUCAGGAUAAAGAAGGAUUUAACUUUGGGCAAAUCUUGGUACCACAAGGAGAUGCUUUCUCUUAAGGAGAUUGACCAUGACGAGUUUCAGCGAUUACUUAGAAAUAAAAUCGUUGAUGAUACUGUGAUUGUGGAUUUCGCCGUCCUGGACCCGAAAUCGGAUGUCGCGGUUGAAGGAGGCAAGGGUAAGUUGCCACUGCGAAUACUCGAGAGUAUUCGCAACCAGCAGGAUCAGAAAGCGCACAACAUUGCUGUAGCGGAAGAGGAAAGAAAGGAGGAAGAAAGACAGCAAGAGGAGAAGGAGGAGGAAAAGGAGGAGGGAAAGAAGGAGAAAGAGAAGGAAAAAGAGAACGAGAACGAGAAGUUCAGCAAACGGGCAUCGCAAACGCCGAGUUUGGAAGAAGUGGCGCGCUUGGGGUGGGUACAAAAACCAAAUGGAAUCUGGGUCAAAUAUGGAAGCCACGACGAUAAGGAUGCCAUCAAUGCCGUCGAUUUGCUAUUUGGUCCAGAGGCAACCGACCCGAGACCCAAUUGGCAGUUGAUCAAGGCGCCGCUCAAAGGCAUCGCUGUCCCGUCCGACUUGCCUGCAUUUUUGACCUUCCGCAGAGGUCCUAAAUUGGACUACAAAAAGGAAUACAACAAGCCUUUGAAGUUGAACGAAAACAGCGAGUUUAAGAUUCUUCAGGUUGCCGACUUGCAUUUUUCCACUGGCUAUGGCAAGUGCCUCGACCCUGUUCCGGCAGAGUCGGCGAAAGGAUGCAAGGCAGAUUCGAGAACUUUGCAGUUUAUUGAUCAGGUUCUCGAUAUCGAAAAACCCGAUUUGGUUGUCUUGACAGGCGAUCAAAUCAUGGGCGACGUUUCCCCCGACUCCGAGUCGUCGGCAUUCAAGGCGUUGAGCCCUUUCAUCGAGCGCGGAAUCCCUUUUGCUGUCGUGUUGGGAAACCAUGAUGCCGAAGGGUCCUUGAAAUCGAAGGAGAUCAUGGGUUUGUAUGCCGAUCUCCCUUACAGUGUAGCAGCAAUCGGCCCGGAGGAAAUCGACGGGUUUGGAAACUAUGUGGUGACGGUCCAGGGAAAAUCUAAAAGUUCCGUGGCGUUGUCCUUUUAUUUCGUCGACUCGCAUGCUUACAGUCCGAAUCCAAAAGUGUACCCGGGAUACGACUGGAUCAAAGAGAGCCAGUUGAUUUACAUGAAAGAAGAGGCAGCCUCGCUUGUCGACGGGGUCCGGAAGUUUGAAAAGGAGUCAGUUUUUGACGGCACAGCUUCAAAAAACCAAAAACAUUUAUCGAUGGCGUUUUUCCACAUUCCUGUUCCCGAAUACAAAAAUUUGAAAGAGUCGUAUGUUGGCGAGCACAGGGAGGGGAUCACAGCGCCAAGAUACGACACUGGAGCAAGAGAUAUCUUCCAGGAACUCGGUGUCCUGGCGAUAAGUAUCGGACAUGACCACUGCAAUGACUACUGCCUCCUCGACCAAAAGCAGACCUCGGAGGAAAAUAAGAUCUGGUUGUGCUACGGCGGCGGCGUUGGCUUGGGCGGAUACGGUGGCUAUGGCGGCUACGUGCGAAGACUAAGAACGUUUCAGUUGGACACUUCAAAGGGCGAAAUCAAGACUUGGAAGCGUGCCGAGCUGGAUCCUGGAAAGAAGCUAGAUGAACAGAUUUUGGUCACUGGUGGGAACGUUGUUAAUUGGUGA